GGUCGUGCUGCAGCCCAUCCGGAAGAUCUCCGGCGCCGUGCAGCUGCCCGGCUCCAAGUCGCUCUCCAACCGGAUCCUUCUCCUCUCCGCCUUGUCCGAGGGAACAACGGUUGUGGAUUACCUGUUGAACAGCGAGGAUGUCCACUACAUGCUCGAGGCCCUGGACGCGCUUGGGCUCUCAGUGGAAGCAGACAAAGUUGCAAAAAGAGCUGUAGUCGUCGGCUGCGGCGGCAGGUUCCCGAUUGAAAAAGAUGCCAAGGAGGAAGUAAAGCUCUUCUUGGGCAACGCUGUAACUGCAAUGCGGCCAUUGACGGCAGCUGUAGUAGCUGCUGGUGGAAAUGCGACUUAUGUUCUUGAUGGAGUACCAAGAAUGAGGGAGCGUCCUAUCGGUGACUUAGGUGUCGGUUUGAAACAACUAGGUGCGAGUGUUGAUUGUUUCCUCGGCACUGACUGCCCACCUGUUCGUAUCAACGGCAUUGGAGGGCUACACUGGUGGCAAGCUGUCCCGGAAGCUACCCUUGAGGCCCUCAAGGCCCAGAUUGCCACUCUCCAAGGCGAAAAGGAGCAGCUCAUCCGGCAGCAUCAGGAGGACCUGAGCGCCCAGAAAACCAGCUACAAGGAGCUCAAGGAACAGGCUAUGCAGGCCAGGCUCCAGCAUGAGCAAGAUCUGAAGGACGCCAAGGCCGCAGCCGAGGCCAGGCUGGCGGAGGCCUGCCCUGUUAAACUUGGAAACACUGCCCGUUAA